AUGCUAUUAUCCAAGAGCUUGUGGAGAAUACCACUACGUUCCUUUUGUUCAACAUCAGCAACAAAAAGCCCAAAAAAUCCAAAUAUCCGAUGUACGAUUUUUUCCUCUACGGGAGAUAUUGUGGCCCAUGGAAAAGAAGUCAGACGGUCACAAUUCAUGGAGGAGUUUCAUCUUGCUCCUAGAGACCUCCGCAAGUUUUCUCGUCCUCAUUCGCAGAUGGUUCCCUCACUUCACACCCGAUCUCAUGUGGUGCUAUUCAACAUUUUGGAUGUUCGAGCUUUGGUCCAGCACGAUAGAGUGGUUCUAUUUGACUUGGUAGGCUCGCGUUCUUUUGAGCUGUACUCACAUUCACAACUUACAAAAGCUCUUAGCUAUAAUCUUCGUGAAGAAAACCUUCCUGGAAUGCCAUUUGAAUUCCGAGCCUUCGAAGCUAUUUUUGAACAUGUAACCUCCAAUCUUCGAACAGAAAUGAAGGUACACACUACAGUAACCCAAAACAUCUUGCGUGGACUUGAGGAUCACGUAGACACCGUUAAGCUUCGGUAUCUUCUCACCCAGUCCAAAAAAGUGUUUCAGUUUCAACAAAAGGCUACGCUUAUUCGAGAUCACGUCGAGGAUACGCUUGAUCGAGACGACUAUUUGAAUGGUCUUUACUUGCUGGAUUCUGCCGCUGGCCGGCCUCAUACUGGCACAGAUCAUGACGAGGUGGAAAUGUUGUUUGAAUCUUACUACAAUACCUGCGACGAAGUGGUGCAAACUGUUGCCAAUUUGCGAUCCCAAAUCAAAACUUCAGAGGAGAUAAUCAACGUGGUGCUUGACUCAAAUCGAAAUGAGCUCAUGAUGUUGCGUCACAAGUUUUCCGUUGGUCUUUUAUCAAUGGGUGUUGUUCUCUAUAUUGCUGCGGUAUACGGUAUGAACUUGGAAAAUUUCAUUGAAGAAAACGACGGUGGGUUUGAAUUUGCGGUUAUACUAAGCUUCAGCUUACUUGCAGUAGUAGCAGUUAUCAGUUUACGGCUGCUUAGACGAGUGCAAAAGGUGACGAUGACGGGACUAGCCAGAGAGGACGUUCGAAUGGUGAGACAGAAAGUGAAAUAA